CCUCUCAGCCAGGGCUACUUCUGCAGCCUUCCACUGGCUCUCUGCUGCAGCCCGGCAUCGUGGGGGAGAUGGAGGGGUCAUAAAUCAGCCCCAGGGAAACAGAGGGAGUGCUGGGUCUGAGGAUAGCAGUGGGAUGGCUUCCAAUGCAACCCGAGCCCCCACCCCUCAAAGUUUACCAAUCUGUAACUGUGAUGGAGUGCAAGUGGAGGAUAGAGCUGGUUUGUUGAUUUUCAGAUGUGUAGAUAUGGUACAGCAUGAUUGUACAGCUACAGUGAUGCAUACAGUCCAUAUGAAAUAAUACUAAUAAUUGUCAUUUUUAUUUUUAUAGCAUGCUUUUAUGACAGUCUCACCUCAAGCUGCUUAAUAAAAUAGACAUGUUUUGUUUUGUUAGUUGCUUUUGUCCAAACAAAUCCGGUCAGUAUAUGACCAAAUGUUUUUCAUACAACAUACGACAAAUAAAACAUUUUUAUGCUGCCACUGGCAAAUACAGAUGUCUGAAUAUACAUAAACCAGUGGUUUGCAUCAAUGGUUUGUAUGCCCUGUAAUUACUCAAGAUAGAUUAAAAAAAACCCCAACAUUUUAUGCAUAGUUACCAUAAAAUCAAAUUCCUAUCACAAACUCGAAAACUAAGAUAUACAGACUGGUGUGUAAAGUCGCUUUUUGGGGUAACGGGUGCACACGUGCCACACAGUAACAGAGGUAUUAACAAUUACCCCCCAGCCUGGUGCGUUGAACUCAUACCAUUUAUAGCAGAGCGGAUACAAACAAUCUUCUUAUGAGAUUUAACUUCAGCCGACGUGGACUUCUGGAUCAGUGUGCUUUCGCAGAGUAGUGUUCCAGUCCGCGUCGUCACUAAAGUAACAAAACACUGAAAACGGUUAAAACGUUGUGUCACUGUCGUUAUGGCAGACAAAAUUGUACUGUAAUGGUAGCGUAAUGGAAAAUCCUGCCUCGUGCUCUGUUCGGAAUACGUAAAGGCGAGGAAUGAAAGCGCUUUCAAUAAGGGCUCUGCCUUGAAUUAAUCACUCACUGUUUAAUGGAUCUUUGCUGUUCGUGCUUGACGCAGUGAGGAACUGCAGCUCUUUGUAUUCUGAGGCCAAGUGAAAUCUCUGGAUUUUGCGCCUAGUAACUGCUGCCUCCUUGAAAAAGUCUUGGGGUUCAUGGUGACAUAGGGACCCCAGUUUUGGUUCCGGUGAGACCUAUAGGGUUCCUGCUCCGCUGUGUGAGGUAGGAGAGGAAGAAAGAGGGCCCAGCUGCUGAUGAAGGAGCUCAGAGAUGUGCAUUCUCACUAGGGAAUUUAACCUGAGUAGCCAGGGGUGUCCCUCUGGAUCCAUAAAUGACACUAAAGUGAUGGGAGAGAGGUAAACACUGGGGGAUGAGAGCCAUCAACAAUGUUAUCUCCAGAGAAAAUAGGCACAAGCUAGUCUGAGGUGGUAAAAGACUACAACUCUAACGCUUCCCCACAGGAAACUCCUCUGUAAGUGUAUAUGUUGCACCAGUAUGGCAUGAUAACAGGCUGAAGUAAUAUAUCUAGCUGAUGUGAAAAAUCCUUUUCUGGAUUGGACCCGGGGCAUCUAUUGCACCUUCAUACACACAAAAAAGCUAACUAUCCUGCCAAAAUACUGUGAGGCUCAAUACAGCCUAUUACAAUCUACAAGUGACGUCUUCAGCUGUUAGCUGCCAGCUUUGUUCAUGGCUUCCAGGAAGGCAUCAGUGGUUUGUAGUGGUGGCAUGGUGAUGAGUGCCUUCUUCUGGACUAUGGCCAUAACCUACCUGACUUACAUAGGUGGAGUGAAUGGGGACUGCUGGCUCAUUGAAGGGGAAAAGGGCUUUGUUUGGCUGGCAAUCUGCAGCCAAAACCAGCCACCUUAUGAGGCCAUCCCUCAGCAUAUUAACAGCACCAUUGUGGAUCUUCGCUUGAAUGAAAAUAAGAUCAAAAGUAUCCAUUAUUCUGCCCUUAGCCGCUUUGCCAACCUAACAUACCUGAACCUGACAAAAAAUGAAAUUAGUUAUAUAGAGGAUGGUGCUUUUUCAGCCCAGUUCAACUUGCAGGUACUUCAGUUGGGUUUCAAUAAACUGCGCAACUUAACAGAGGGGAUUCUCAGGGGGUUGGGCAAGCUGCAGUAUCUCUACCUCCAGGCCAACUUGAUCGAGACUGUGACACCCAAUGCCUUCUGGGAGUGCCCAAACUUAGAAAAUAUAGACCUCUCCAUGAAUCGCAUUCAGGUACUAGAUGGGUCCACCUUCACCAGCCUGACUAAGCUGACAACUUGUGAACUUUACACCAACCCCUUCAACUGCUCCUGUGAGCUGCUGGGCUUUGUUAAGUGGCUAUCAGUCUUCCCCAAUAGGACGAAUGAACGUAUGGUGUGUGAUUCUCCUGCGGGCUUCUCUGGCUACAGCCUCCUGAGCCAGAAUCCAAACAAUCCCACUCAACGCAAUGCACUGCAUGUGCUGUCCACUGUGUGCACGGAGUAUGAUGUCACUCCAUAUGGCCCUGUGCCUCCUGAGACCACCACUUGCCCUCCAGACCCAUGCGGGCUUGAGGACUGCCCCUCUGGCACUGAGCCAGAUGAGAUAAGCAUCAGCCCCACCUAUCCAGACCUGGAUGUGAACCCGGUCAUGAAGCUAAAACAAAUCUCUCACACAAAUGCAAUCAUCACUGUUCAGAUCCCCCAACCUUACAAGAAAAUGUAUAUCCUUGUUCUGUAUAAUAACAGCUUCUUUACGGAUAUUCAGAAUCUGAAACGGCAAAAGGAGGACAUUGAACUCAAAAACCUGAAACCCCACACUGAUUAUACCUACUGUGUGGCUUCUAUACGCAAUUCUUUGCGCUUCAACCACACCUGCCUAACAUUAUCCACAGGUCCCAGAAGUGGGAGAGUGAGAGAGCCUAAUAAUGCAACAGCAACUCACUACAUCAUGACCAUCCUAGGAUGCCUUUUCAGCAUGGUAAUCGUGCUAGGGGUGGUCUACUACUGCUUACGAAAGAAAAGACAUGAAGAUGAAAAGCACAAAAAGGCAGGUAGUAUGAAGAAGAACAUAAUAGAACUCAAAUACGGAGGUGAGCUGGAGGGAGGGACUAUAUCCAGGAUGUCUCAAAAGCAAAUGAUGGCAGGUGAAAGUAUGUCGCGCAUGCCAUAUUUACCUUCUGUGAGUGAGCUGGAUCAGUACAAACUUCAGGACAUUGUUGACACACCAAAAAUGUCAAAAGGAAACUACAUGGAGGUGAGAACUGGGGAGCACCCAGACCGCAGAGAAUGUGAUAUGUCUAUGCCAAGCAAUAGCCAAGGCUCUGUUGCUGAGAUCUCCACAAUUGCAAAAGAGGUGGAUAAAGUUAAUCAGAUCAUUAACAACUGCAUAGAUGCUCUGAAGUCAGAGUCAACUUCUUUCCAAGGGGUGAAAUCUGGGGCUGUUUCCACAGCAGAGCCCCAGUUAGUUUUGAUCUCAGAGCAACCACAGAGCAAGGGUGGUUUCCUGUCCCCUGUCUACAAAGAUAGCUACCACCACUCUUUACAGAGACACCACUCCUCAGAUUCCUCACCAAAGAGGCCCAGCACGGCCACUGGUGGUCCCAUGCGUAGUCCGAGGCCUUACCACUCUGAGGGGCCAUACAAGUCAGAGUCGAAGUACAUAGAGAAGACCUCACCAACAGGUGAGACCAUCAUGACCAUUACUCCAGCAGCUGCCAUACUAAGGGCAGAAGCAGAUAAGAUCCGUCAGUACAGUGAGCAUCGGCACUCUUACCCUGAUGCCCAGAUCGAAGAGCUGGAGGGACCAGAGAGUCGCAAGACAUCCAUUCUGGAACCCCUGACGCGGCCUCGGCCCAGAGACCUGGCUUAUUCCCAACUCUCUCCACAAUACCACAACCUCAGCUACACCUCUAGCCCUGAGUACUACUGCAAGCCAACGAACAGCAUCUGGGAGCGCUUCAAGCUUCAUCGCAAACGUCAUAAAGACGAAGAAUACAUGGCAGCAGGCCAUGCCCUGCGUAAAAAAGUGCAGUUUGCUAAGGAUGAGGACCUGCAUGACAUUCUAGAUUAUUGGAAAGGUGUGUCAGCCCAACAUAAAUCUUAAUCUGACAGUGUUUGUUCAAGUUUUUUUUUUUUUUUGCUGUUGGAUUGCAAGAACUGAUCAAAAGUGAUAGAAACUACUGAAAUCACAUUUUAAUGGAAAAAUACUACAACACAGCCAACUUUGACUUAAGGGGGAAGUCAAAUUGGGAAUACAAUCUUAGUUUUGUGAGUUCACUGAAAUUAAAGAACAUACUUUAAAGGACAAGACAAAACUGCAAAUUUAAAAAUAUAUAUGUUCAAGUGGAUUAUAAGUAUUUGGUUUCGCAUGGCCAAGUCCUGUGACAAUGGAUUUGAUAUUGUGUAUGG